CUAAGGAUAUCAACCUUCAUAAAAAGUAGAAACCAAAGCAGAAGCAAGAUUUGGUCGCUCCCCACAAAAGGCUACUCAGGACUGCUGUCUUCUCCCUACUCAAUGGCGGAGAAUGCCCAUAGACCACCUCCCUCUGUCACCAUCCUUAUGCUUCUUCUGGUUGGCAUCUCUGGUUUCAUUCAGAUUUCAGAUGGGGUCACUUUCAGAGGCCCCAUCAAGACCAUCGUUGUGCUUGUCAUGGAGAACAGAUCCUUCGACCACAUGCUCGGCUGGAUGAAGACCAUCAACCCGAAGAUAGAUGGAGUCACAGGCAAGGAAUGCAAUCCGAGGUCGACGCUGCACCCGAAUGCUGACCUCAUCUGCUUCACAGAUGGUGCUGAAUUCGUCGACCCCGACCCUGGCCACUCUUUUGAGGCGGUCAUGGAACAAGUGUUCGGCUCUGUUAACGCGAGCAGUGUGAAUCCAGUCCCUUCCAUGAAGGGUUUUGUUCAGCAGGCUCUUGGGGUCAGUGACGACUUGCCGGGGAAAGUGAUGCAGGGUUUUAGGCCGGAAAACAUACCGGUUUUCAAGACGUUGAUCGGAGAAUUCGCGGUCUUCAAUCGGUGGUUCUCUUCUCUACCAGGUCCAACCCAACCGAACCGCCUAUUCAUAUAUUCUGCAACCUCACACGGCGCAACCAGCCAUGUUCGUAGGCAGUUAGCCACAGGGUACCCGCAGAAGACAAUAUUUGACUCAGUUCAUGAGUCUGGACUGAGCUUUGGAGUCUACUACCAAAGUGCUCCUACAACUCUGUUCCUUAGGAACAUGAGAAAAUUGAAGUACAUAUCAAAUUUUCAUUUCUAUGAUUUGAAGUUCAAGAGAGAUGCAAGAAAUGGGCAGUUGCCUAAUUUGUCUCUGAUUGAGCCUAGAUACUUUGAUUUGAGAAUAGUUGGAGCUAACGAUGAUCAUCCAUCACAUGAUGUGUCCGAUGGGCAGAGAUUCGUAAAGGAGGUGUAUGAAACCUUAAGGUCCAGCCCACAGUGGAACGAGACUCUGCUGAUUAUCACAUAUGAUGAGCAUGGAGGAUUUUUUGAUCAUGUUUCAACACCUGCAGAAAAUGUGCCAAAUCCUGAUGGAAACACUGGUCCUGCUCCAUAUUUUUUCAAGUUUGAUAGGUUGGGAGUUCGAGUUCCGACAAUUAUGGUGUCUCCUUGGAUCAAAAAAGGAACAGUGAUCGGGAGACCACAAGGACCCACUACAAGUUCUGAGUAUGAACACUCUUCUAUACCAGCAACCAUCAAGAAGUUGUUCAACAUAGACUCAAACUUUUUGACCCACAGAGAUGCAUGGGCAGGGACUUUUGAGCAAAUUGUGCAGGAGUUGCAAGCACCAAGAACAGACUGCCCAGAGGUUCUGCCUGAUGCAUCAAAGAAAUUAAGAACGACAGCAGCUAAAGAAGAGGCAAAAUUGUCAGAGUUUCAAACGGAGUUAGUUCACCUUGCUGCAGUCCUGAAUGGUGAUCGUUUUCUUAGCAGCUUUCCAGAUGAAAUAAGCAGGAGAAUGAAUGUCAAAGAGGCAGAUGAAUAUGUGAAUGGUGCUGUCUCCAGAUUCAUGGAAGCUAGCAAAGAAGCGAAGAAGCUAGGAGCAGAUGAGUCUGCGAUUGUGGACAUGAGAUCAUCAUUAACAACCAGAAAGAAGCUACCAUGAGUUGCAUCCGUGAAGAGAUGAAAGAAAAAUUUCACCAAGAAAAUUUUAUUUGUAGAGUCAUUUUAUUUUCUAUUUAGAUGUCUUGAAGCUUUAAGUUUGUAAAAAAGGAAAUUUUUGUUGAACCACUAAGUAUCCAGUAUAUGAUUCGAUUUGUCCAUAUUAAUAAAUUAACGCCUGGAUCUAGACUCCAGUUUUCUA